CUCGGCAAGAAGGCAAGAUGGCGGCGGCGGCCGCCACCCGGCAGGUCUGCGGCCUGCUCGGGCGGCGCCCCGCGCUUUCCACGCCGGCUUCCCGUUAUUAUAAGGUCCGACCGGUCCCCAACCGCCCGCGCCGGCCCUAUUUCCCGGACCCGGAGGAUCCUCUCGCCCCGAGAUGGCAGCUGACUCCCAAAUACGCGGCGAAGCAGUACGGGCGGUUCGGGGCCGCCUCAGGGGUCGAUCCGGCCGGCUUGUGGCCGACGCCCCAACGACUGAGGGAGGUGGAGGACGAGGAGCGACAGUGGCACCCGGACCUCCAGACCAUGCAGGACUCCUUGCGAGAGAAGGAGCGACUCCAGGAGGAGAAGCGGCUGGCCAGGGAGAAUCUCAUCAAAGCCAACAUGGCUAAAAUGCCACAGAUGAUUGCCGACUGGCGGCGGGAGAAGCAGGAACGGUGGGAGAAGGCACAGGCUGACAAGUUGCGGCGGGGGCGGCUGCUGGCAGAGGCCCGGGAACAGCUGGGCUACAAUGUGGACCCACGCAGCACUAAGUUUCAAGAGCUGGUGCGGGACCUGGAGAAGAAGCAGCGCAAACAGCUGAAGGAGCAGAAGCAGCAGCAGAAGCUGGAAGCCCGGGCUGUGGCUUUGCAGGCAGCUGCUGCAGCCUCUCCAGAAUAAUGGGGAGUUUGGCUGGCUGAGCAAACGUCCUUCUUUAUCGCUCAUGGCCUUAAGGACACAGGGUCUCGCCUGAGCCCUCUUUCUGCGGAAAAGCAAAAAUCCUGACAAUAAAACAUAGAACCUAG